AUGAAGGUUUUCAUCGUCCUGUCCGCCGUGAUGGCAAUCGUCCUUUGCAGCAGCGAACCAGAGGCUAACAAGAAGGAUAAACGCGGCAUCGUCGAGCUGAACAACGGCUACGAGCAGUAUUACGAUGGGCAUGAUCAGUACUACGGCAACGAUUACCACCAUCAGGUGACGAACCACGUUACGGUGACGAAGAAGGUCGCGGUCCCGUACCCGGUGGCCGUCGAGAAGCAGGUGCCGGUCGCUGUGAAGGUUCCAGUUCCAGUGCACGUAGAAAAGCAGGUCCCGGUCGUUGUGGAGAAGAAGGUCCCGGUGUACAUUGAGAAGAAGGUUCCGGUGCAUGUCGAUCGUCCGUAUCCGGUGCCGGUGAAGGUACCAGUGAAGGUCCCGGUUUACCACAAGCAGGUGGUUGAGGUGGCCAAGCCAUACCCAGUGCCGGUCGAGAAGCCGUACCCGGUGUACGUGAAGCAGCCACAUUACGUCCACAAGACGGUUGCAGCGCCGGUGUACGAACACGAGUCCACCGUCUACAGCAGCCCGGUCUCCUACGAACACAAAGCACUGUGGGGUUAA